AGAAACUGAAGCCAGAUAAUAUAAAUAGAGACACAUAAACUUCCAAAAGAGAUAUAUAUUUACAUUCUAUAACACAUCUUUUCCACAUAAUAAAAACUCAUGGACACUCUUAUAAUGGUAUCGAUCAUGACCCUAGUGCUCUUUGUUAGCUCUGGAUCCGCACGUGCGGCCACUCUUAUCGUAUCCAACCAGAUGCAGAGACGUGCUAAUGUUCCCGUCUUCGUGACGUGCCAGGGCUCAAUUCCUAGGAUGUCUAAACCCAUACCUUUGGGUCAAGUCUCGUUGAUAAAGAUCCCAAUCACUAGCGGACAAAAUGCGACUGAUGAUAUCCCACCCACUGCUGGAAAAAACGAUAAACCGGCGAGACCUAGAGUGUCGCAGCGGACGUCUUGCGAAGGAACGUUUUGGGGUGAAGCGCAAUUCGUGCCCUCUUUGAGGAUGUACCGUUUGUACGAUUCGGACACUGAUUCUGCGGUGCGUUUCGUUGUUGCAAAAGAUGAUGGGUUUUACUGUUGGAACAAUGACAAGAAUUAUUGGCACAAGUGUCCUAUGAUCAUUUUCAUCUAAUUGCUCCAAAUCUACGUUUCAAUUUCAAAUGUUAUAUUUUCGUAUACUACACAUAUUGUUAACAUUUGAUAAAUUAACCCAUUAACGUAAAAACAUUAUCUUGGAAAUGAAAUAUUGUGGUUACUGAAAUUUACUUUAUGGUUUAAAUAUAACGAGAGCAUUUUUUUUUCUUAAUCUUCAAUAUAUAUCAUUCAUUAUUAAUC